AUGAACAAAGAUCUUGUCGACUUCAUCUCGAAAUGUGAAAUCUGUAACACAUUCCAAAACAACAAGACCAGAGAGCCCCUUAUUCCUCGUGAAAUCCCAAGCCGCCCCUGGCAAAUAAUUGCUGCUGACAUUUUCACAGUCAACAACAAAGACUUUCUCUGUACUGUGGAUUGCUACUCCAACUACUUUGAGAUAGAUCGUCUAUUUUACAAAACUGCUGGGGAAAUUAAGAAGAAGCUCAAGCGACACUUCUCUACUCAUGGCAUACCAGAUAAGCUCAUGAGUGAUAACGUACCUUUCUCCUCUAAAGAAUUUCAGGAUUUUGCCAAGGAAUAUGAAUUUACCACCGAGCUAAGCUCGCCAGAGUACGCACAGAGCAAUGGCAAAGCAGAAAAUGCCGUCAAAACUGCAAAGAUGCUAAUGAAAAAAGCGACUGAAUCUGGCAAUGACUUCUAUCUUGUGCUACUAGAAUGGCGAAACACGCCGUCUGAGGGGAUGGAAAGCUCUCCCUCCCAGCGUAUGUUUAGCAGACGAGCUAAAACACUGCUUCCCAUAUCGAAGAAGCUCCUUAAACCAAAGGUUGUCACUGGUGUCCAAGAAAAACUUCGAAAGAGGAAAGAGGUACAAUCAAAGUAUUAUAACAGAGGCACAAGGGAGCUAAGUGCAUUAAAGAAAGAUGAUGUAGUCCGGAUAAAGCCAAGAAAUUCCGACAGAACAGGCCGCUGGACCAAAGGAUGUGUCAUAAAGCAAGUUGGUGUAAGAUCUUAUAAUGUAAAAACCGAAGAUGGAAGAAUCUUCAGACGAAAUCGAAAGUUUCUACGUCAAACCAAAGAGCCUUUCUUUGCAGAUGAAGAAGAUUCAAUCAUUUUCCCCAGAAAGGAACGAAAAGCAGUGGCUCGACCUUAUGAAGAUCACCAAUCUGAAAUGGAGCAAUUUGAUCCGCAAGAGUCACCUCACUCACGACCUGAUGCUACUGAAGAAAAGACAGCAGCCGCCAGACCUGCUGAGACCAGAUUUGAUCACAGGCAAUUGAACUUUUACCAGCCAGUAACGACAAGGAGUGGCAGGAAAGUAAUUCGGCCGGACUACCUCACUGGCCACAACUUCUGA